UGGACCUGCCUCCCGCCGGCUGGCGGGGCCCGGCCGAGCCCCCGGCGCUGCGGCGAAGCCGGGAUUCUGCCUCCGCCAGGCCGGCUGCUGGGGGCCCGGAGGAGGCUGCUGAGCCCCGGGCCAUGGUCCAGUCCCGCCGGACCUGGAACCUGGGAGCCACGCCCUCGCUGCGCAGCCUGUGGAGAGUGGGCCGGGCCCCGGAGCCCGAGCCGGGGAUGGCUCGCCCCGCCCCAGCCAGCCCGGCCGCCCGCCCUUUCCCACACACCGGCCCAGGGAGGUUGAGAACUGGGCGCGGAAAAGACACCCCGGCCGGCAGUGAUGAAGACCCUGGCGCCCGAAGCGCGGCUCGCCCGGCCCUAGCUCAGUGCCGAGCCCUCAGCGUGGACUGCACCGGCCCCGGGAGCCCCCGCAGGCUCUACCUGAGCGUGCAGCAGGCCCUGCAGGACAAGGGGUGCAAGAGCAAGAGUCAGGGGACGAAAGACGAGAAGCUCCUGAAGAGGCAGGCGCCGGCCCCCAGGCGGGACCGGGAGGCCCAGGAAGCUGGUGGCACCAUGAAUGUAGAGAAAACAGGUGGGCGGCUCUUUGGCAGCGGGAGGUGCUCGAGCCUGUCGGGGUCCCCAGGUGCGGUCCCCAUGGUGCAUAAGAUGGUGGAGGCCAUGUCCCAGCUGCAGGAGGAGAAAGCCCGGCUGCAGGAGUUGGCAGCCCUACGGGAGAGGCUGGCCCUCCAGGACAGUGACCAGCAAGCCACAUCCGCCCAGCUGCAGAACCAGGUGGAAAACCUGAAGGAGAAGCUCAUUGGCCAGGCCCAGGAAGUGAGCCGCCUCCGGUCGGAGCUGGGAGGCACGGACUUGGAGAAGCACCGGGACCUGCUGAUGGUGGAGAAUGAGCGACUGAGGCAGGAGAUGCGGCGCUGCGAGGCCGAGCUACAGGAGCUGCGUGCGAAGCCGGCGGCCCCCUGCGCAGGCUGCGAGCACAGCCAGGAGAGCGCCCAGCUCCGGGACAGGCUGUCACAGCUCCAGCUGGAGGUGGCGGAGAACAAAAGCAUGCUGUCAGAGCUGAACCUGGAGGUGCAGCAGAAGACCAACCGGCUGGCCGAGGUGGAGCUGCGGCUCAAGGACUGCCUGGCAGAGAAGGCGCAGGAGGAGGAGAGGCUCAGCCGGCGCCUGCGCGACAGCCAUGAGACCAUCGCCAGCCUGAGGGCCCAGUCGCCGCCCAUCAAGUAUGUCAUCAGGACGGUGGAGGUGGAGUCGCCCAAGACCAAGCAGGCCCUCAAUGAGUCCCAGGCCCGGAACCAGCACCUGCAGGAGCAGGUGGCCAUGCAGAGGCAGGUGCUGAAGGAGAUGGAGCAGCAGCUGCAGAGCUCGCACCAGCUGACCACACAGCUCCGGGCGCAGAUCGCCAUGUACGAGGCAGAGCUGGAACGGGCCCACGGGCAGAUGCUGGAGGAGAUGCAGUGCCUGGAGGAGGACAAGAACCGGGCCAUCGAGGAGGCCUUUGCCAGGGCCCAGGUGGAGAUGAAGGCCGUGCACGAGAACCUGGCAGGCGUCCGGACCAACCUGCUGACGCUGCAGCCAGCGCUGCGGACCCUCACCAACGACUACAAUGGGCUCAAGCGGCAGGUGCGGGGCUUCCCCCUGCUGCUCCAGGAGGCCCUCAAGAGCGUCAAGGCGGAGAUCGGCCAGGCCAUCGAGGAGGUCAACAGCAACAACCAGGAGCUGCUGCGCAAGUACCGCCGGGAGCUGCAGCUGCGCAAGAAAUGCCACAAUGAGCUCGUGCGGCUGAAAGGUGAAGCUCCCGCCCUCAACUGGUUUGCUCAGGAAGAAAAUGUACCCAUAAGGAACAUCCGAGUGAUCGCUCGUGUCCGGCCAAUCACCAAAGAGGAUGGGGAAGGACCUGAGGCAACCAAUGCCGUGACCUUCGAUCCUGACGACGACUCCAUCAUCCACCUGCUGCACAAAGGAAAGCCUGUGUCCUUCGAGCUGGACAAGGUCUUCUCCCCAAGGGCCUCGCAGCAGGACGUGUUCCAGGAGGUGCAGGCCCUGAUCACCUCCUGCAUCGACGGCUACAACGUCUGCAUCUUCGCCUAUGGCCAGACGGGCGCCGGCAAGACGUACACGAUGGAGGGGACCCCCGAGAACCCAGGCAUCAACCAGCGGGCCCUGCAGCUGCUCUUCACCGAGGUGCAGGAGAAGGCGUCCGACUGGGAGUACACCAUCACUGUCAGCGCGGCCGAGAUCUACAACGAGGCCCUCAGGGACCUGCUGGGGCAGGAGCCCCAGGAGAAACUGGAGAUCCGGCUGUGCCCAGAUGGCAGUGGGCAGCUGUACGUGCCAGGGCUGACUGAGUUCCAGGUGCAGAGCGUGGAGGACAUCAACAAGGUGUUUGAGUUCGGCCACACGAACCGCACGACGGAAUUCACCAACCUGAACGAGCACAGCUCCCGCUCACACGCCCUGCUCAUCGUGACGGUGCGCGGCGUGGACUGCAGCACCGGCCUCCGCACCACAGGGAAGCUGAACCUGGUGGACCUGGCCGGCUCGGAGCGCGUGGGCAAGUCCGGGGCUGAGGGCAGCCGCCUGCGGGAGGCCCAGCACAUCAACAAGUCGCUGUCGGCCCUGGGGGACGUCAUCGCGGCCUUGCGCUCCCGCCAAGGCCACGUGCCCUUUCGCAACUCCAAGCUCACCUACCUCCUGCAAGACUCGCUCAGCGGGGACAGCAAGACCCUCAUGGUGGUCCAGGUGUCCCCCGUGGAGAAGAACACCAGCGAGACCCUCUACUCCCUCAAGUUUGCUGAGAGGGUCCGCUCUGUGGAGCUGGGCCCUGGGUCCCGCAGGGCUGAGCUGGGAUCCUGGUCCAGCCAGGAGCACCUGGAGUGGGAGUCAGCCUGCCAGACGCCACAGCCCUCGGCCCGGGCUCACUCGGCCCCCGGCUCUGGGACCACUAGCCGCCCAGGCUCCAUGCGGAGGAGGCUGCAGCCCUCGGCCUGAGGCUGGGGCUGCAGAGUCUCCAGGGAAGUCGAGGCCGUUGCCUGUGUGAUGGACUGACGCACGCGUCCGCCCUGCCGUGCCAGGGGCUAGGUCCCGAGGCUGCCGGCCUGCGCCCGCUGCAGCUGGGGCCCGGGAGGCCGAGGCCAGAGUGAGGCUCCUCAUCUGUCUCCCCUGAGAUGAGAAACAUGUUCAGAAGGAAACGGUGUCUCUCGGCUGUGGCUCUCGAUGCACAUGACACGGGUUGGAAGGGCAGGGCUGUCCUGCUCCACCUGGCAGGCCCGGACCCUCAGAGGGUGGUCCCUUGUGGGGAGGGCAGCGGUGCGGGGAGGGCAGCCCCCUGAGGGCGGGCGGCCAAGGGGCCCCUGGGAGGCCCAGGAACCCGAGAGCAGGCCGGUGGGUGGGCGUGCCAGGGGCCCCCCCUGAGGGCCCCGCGCCGGGCGUGUACAUAGUGUGCAGUGUGCGGCGGUGCACGCAGGAGCACGGCCCCACCGGCCCCGGGCUGGGCGGCGCUGAUGGCUGGCAGCAGGCCGGGGCCGGGGCCCUGCUGCUCCCUCAUCGGCCUGGCACCAGGCUCUCCUUGCGCGCUGGCCUCGACGUUUCCUCCCUCUGAAAUCCUAUUUAAGAACUUUUGGAAGCU